GCUGACCGGAGGGCUCCAGUGGGGUCGGUGCCGAUCUCCCGAUUUUACCAGGGACUCGACCCACUUUGCUCCGACACUAGGCCUCGCUGGGAAGAUCGGGACAUACAAUGCCUCAGUAUUGUUGGGGUCUCUCGGUGUCACAAAAAGAUAUUGCUCCUUUUGCAGUGAAUGUUGACUGUCCGGGUACCUGAACCGACCUGGCUCCGAGCUAUGGGUGGGCUCAGCUGUAACAUUGGCCUUUGUGUGAGGCGGAAGGGUCGCAUGUGUCUAAAGUGCUUCAAAUAAUUACCAAGAUCUGAAUCACGCUUCGCAAUCAUUUCACUUCGGUCAAACCCGCGAGCCUGAUCUCAUCACAGGUAGCGAAAUGCAAUUCGACUGUGCCACAGAUCUGUCCCACUCAAAUGGCUGCUCAUCGGGCACCCUGCCUGAGAGACUACCACAAACGGGAAUCUCCGUCUUGAUUGUUGGUGGAGGAGUAGCGGGCUUGUUAGCCGCUCUUGAGUGCUGGCGCAAGGGGCAUGACGUUCGAAUUCUAGAGAAAAGCCUGUCGCGAACUCUGUCUGGUACGUGCCUUUAGCCCUCCAACACCAGGUUUGAUCUGACAAGCCAAAUUUGCUAUAGGUGAUGCAGUCACCAUAGGGACCAGUGCGGUCCGUGCCUUGAAGAAGUGGCCAGACAUGUCGCAUCUCGUACGAGAUGUGGAUCUCCUGGCAUAAAAUCAACGGAGACUU